CGACUGAAAUAUUAUCAACUUCAACGUAUCCUACUAUAAGUGAUGUAAGAUUAACUAUAAUUGGAUUAUUACGGCAUUUAGAAUCUUUUCUUGAAACUCACCCUGAUACUAAUUUGGAUGAAUGUAUGGUAGCAAAUUCAAUUAAUUUUAAACUUCAAGAAUAUUGGGAGUAUGUCGACGAACCAACAACAAUUGGUGCAUUGUUAGAUCCGCGAUCUAAGACUAAGACUUUUAAAGAUAUUAAUAAGCGUGAUAGAGCUAUAGCACUUUUGCGUAACAAAAUGGAAUUAUAUAAAAAUAGUACUCAAUCUACUAAUACAAAUUUACGACCAAGAGAAAGCAAACGGUCAUUUUUUGAAUCUUUAAUUUCCGAUCAAAAUUCUGAACAAGUAACU